AUGGAACAUUUUGCGGUAUUCGUUAAUGAUAUUUUAGUCCAUAUUAUAGAGCAUGCAUCUGUUGUCUUUAAAUUAAAUACUGAUGACGACUAUUUAAUGAACUACGUUAUUGAAGGCAUAAUUAACAAAAAAAGAGUAUUUAUGCAUUUACCAUGCGAAGAUUUAGAAACUAUUGAUAUCCGCAGAUCAUUAUUGGAUCAAAAUGAGUUAUUCAGAACCCCUAAUGAAAGUAAAGACAACUUUACAGUAUGGAAAAGUAAAGGGAAGAAUUCUGAAGAAGAUAAGCAAGCUGUAGAAAUUCUUCUCGUAGAACGGUUAAGAUUAGCUCAUAAAUUUGAUGACAAAAAAACAGUAAAAAUACAAUUGUGGAAAGAAAUUGCUCAAGAAUUAGAAAAACAUAAGUUCAAUGUAACAGGCGAACAAUGCAGGCAAAAAUUUAGCAAUAUUCAAAAAAGCUAUAUAAAUUAUGUGCGACAAAUAAAUUCAACAGGUAGUGGAAAAAUAGAUCCACCAGAAAAUUAUGAUUUAAUUCAUGCAAUAUUGGGCGGAAAAGAUAAAAUAUUGCUGAAUGAUGUAAUAGACACAAUGGAUGUCCUUUCUCCUACUAAUUUAAAUUCGGCUUCUUCUGCACAAGAGUUAGAAACUUAUCCUUCAAGCUCAAACAGGGCUUCUUGCUCACAAGUGUUAGAACCCCCUUCAAGCUCAAAUAGGGCUUCUUGCUCACAAGUGUUAGAACCCCCUUCAAGCUCAAAUAGGGCUUCUUGCUCACAAGUAGUAGAAACCCCUUCAAGUUCGAAAUGGACUUCUAAUAUGCCAAAAAAUAAUUUACAAAACCUGAAAGCAAAAAAAAAGUCAGUUAAUACAGAAAAAAUUACAAAAGCCAGUAUUUUAGAGGAGAUAAGAAGACAAACAAAAAAACAAGAUGAUUUUAAUGAAAGAAUAAUGAAAGUACUUGAAAAUCAAAGUGAGCAAAGAGAAAGGCUUAUUAAUCUUUUUGAAAAAAUGGUAGAUUCAGAAGAAACAAGAAAAUACAGGAAGAGGAGUUAUUCGUCUGAUUCCGAGUGA